CAUGCGCCCCAAGCCCUGCGACCAACCAUGCAAUGGGAUCCCGAAGACAGCAUCGUGCCCUUAUCACCACCUAUAGCAUCGCGAGCAGUAUCGGCCAGAUACGAAGGAGAGGAAGAAGAACGGGCGCCGCUACUCAAACCCGAAGCCCUAAAGGAGAGGGAGGAGAGCCUGGAGCGGACGUUUGCCCUCCUUGGCGUCGGUGUGGCCCUGAGCGGAUGUGCAGACCAGCUGCUUCCCGCCUCAUACAAAGCGCUGGUAUGCAUUGUGUGUGCAUCUGCACUGACAACUGCGCCUUGCGCUCUCUCAUUCAGGAAAGUGACCUGCAUUUCAGCCCUCAAUACUUGGGGUUGAUCACUCUAUGCGAGACCCUCGCCUUCGCCCUCACAUCGCCCGUCUGGGGCAGGACAGCAGACGCACACUAUCCACCCCUGACCGUGCUGUUGCUGGGUUGUCUCAUGUGGGGCCUCUCCAGCGGAAUGGCUGCAGCGGUGACUAAGAGAAGAGAUCAACACAUCCAUCAAAGCACACCGUGGCCCACAUGACUUUCUCAUAGGUGUCCACAUUGGCUCCAAUGAUGGUGUCUCGUGCCAUUCUGGGGGUCGGCCUGGCUGCAGUCAACCCUGUGGCGCAGUGUGUUGUGGGGGAGUAUGCCGAGAAGGAGCUGGGGCGCAUGUUUGGUUGGAUCCACUUCACUCAAGUGGUGGGGCGGCUGGUCAGCCAGAUAUGCACUACUAGCAUCUCCAAUCGAGUCAUUCUCGGCAUCUGCGUAAGUAAUAAAGAUGCCGUGGGUCUCUGUUUGCCGCUUGGAUGAUGGCCAACUUUUUUAAAGGGAUGGCGCGUCGCUCAUUUUGCGGUGGCGAUUGUCAGCAUUCUGUUUGCCAUGUGCCUGCCAUUAAACACGUACAAGCCGAUGAGUGAAGAGACACAAGACACUGCUACCACUGCUGGUGCCACGGAGACCACCCACAUGAGUGACAGUGCAUCGGUCGCCUCUUUAUUACUUACGGACCACUGGAGGGGCUCACUCGCCUUCCUUCGCUACCCCACUGUUCAGAUCGUUAUCAUUCAGGUGAAAGCCCAUCCGUUUCGGGACCCUUCAAAAAGACAUGUGUCUCUGUCUUUCUCGUUAGGGUUUCUUUGCUGCCAUUUCGCUGUCGGCUGGGAGUUUCUUGAUCAUGUACUUCCAGGUAAUCCCCCGCUGACUGCCUACACGGAUGGUUGAUCGCAAUGCAUACCAUGAAGUGUGUAUACUUCCAGUACUGCCAGAUUGAUGACCUGCACGUGGCCCUGCUCACCGGCGCAUCGCUAGCAGCCACAGCAAUGGCCGGCCCCCUCGGCGGGUAUCUCGCUGACGGCCUCAACAGAUGGUCACCCAACCAUGGACGUCUUUUUCUCGGUGCGCGGAAGGGAGACAGACUUGGAUGCUCUCUGUCUAUCAAUCCGUCCGUCCGUUUUGUGUUGCAGGCGAGAUUGGGUAUUUGCUGAAGAUCCCUCUUAUCACUUAUCUGCUGCUGUGUCUCCCUCGUGAGAGCAGCUCUGUUCCUUACUUCGCGGCGAUUGGCAUCGUGAUGGGUUUGUCCAGUGGGUGGGCGGGGGUGGUCGUCGUGCGUCCUAUUCUGAGUGAAAUCAUCUCCAAGGAACAGAGAGCCACUGUGUUCGCAUGGGUGAGAGGAACAGCACUCACGAGACACCACACACCAUCCAUUUGUGUGCAUGGUGUCUCUCUCUGUGCGUGUCUUCAUGUGUGCGUCCAUCCAUUCCUGCAGACGAUUGGUGUGGAGGUGUUCGCAUCUGCCCUCUUUGGCGCGCCAUUGGUGGGUCGUUUGGCUGAGGAUUUCUUCGGCUAUCGUUUUUCACCCGAGCUGAUCAAGCACAUGGACCCCGCACAGAGGAGGGGCAACGCGCAGGCCCUUGCCCAUGCGCUCGUGGCCACCAUUGCGCUGCCCUGGUGUUUGGCUGUGGCUGUGUUCUCGCUGUUGCACUUUGCUUAUCCGAGAGACAGGGACAGAGAGGGUGCGGUUAGGUGAUGUGUGUGUGCGUAUGUGCAUGUGUGUGUGUGUAUGGGUG